UUAUUCCACUGCUGCUGCCGCGCUGCUGCUUACUGUGAAUUUGGGAUGUGUCGUGCAGCUCUCUGCACCAAACCAUGGAGAUUAUAUCACGUGGAUUUAUGCUUUUUUUAACAAAACUGGACAUCUACAGUAACAACGUUUUAGUUUAUAAUUUUGGAUUACUUUCCCCCACCGCCCACCUAAUCAUCUCUUCUGUUCUUUUAUUUGCCCACGUUCUAUGAUUUCAUGUCCAUAGCGUUUGCAGAUCUUUUAUUUAGACCGUUUAUUAUUAUAUUUUACACUUUCUUCCUUUUCCCUGUCUUUUUUUUUUUCUUUUUGGACUCGAUGAAGUGGGAUGCCUCAAGGAAAACAUUAGUGAGGCGCAGCAGCAAAACGUGAAUGAAUAAUAGUCCCCUUCUCCAUCUGAGACGUGCCAUGGAUGGGAAACUUAACUUGUGUCCACGGAACCGAUCGGGGAAUCGCAUCCUCCUCAAAUAACUGCUGCUGCUGCUGACAGCGACCAGGACGAAUGUCAUAGGAUGAACACUGCUGGUGGGGUGUGUCUGUCUGUGCUGUCCUCCCUCCUGGCUGUGGCUGGGGCCCUGGCUGCUCUGUCUGCCCUUGCUCUAGCUCCACUCUCUACCCUAGCCGAGGUUGCCCAUGGAGCUGUGGAUAGCAUCCCCAGCACAGGGGCAAAUGGAGGACCCUCACCCAUCUCCUCAUCAUGUUCCAGCCUUGUAGCAGGGGUGCUCUACGGUUCUUUCUCCCUAAGGGAGCUUUUUCCCUUCAGGAAACCUGGUUGCUCAUGGUCCUUGGAGAAUCCAGAUCCUACAAAAUAUUCCCUCUACCUUCGCUUUACCCGAAAUCCUAUCAUCUGCCAAAUGCACCAUCCUAUGCUCCUUUCACUGGACCACCACCUAGCCAAUCAAAGCUGCCCUCUUCAUCUACAGACAACAACAGCCAGGGAUCAAGAAGUUGUUGAUCUCUGUGGCAGCACCUUAACCACAGACAGACCUUACUCCUUCCUGCAGUUUGAUAAAAACUUUGUGCAGAUAUGUCUGACGAAACAUCCUCUUGCAGAUGAGGCUCAGGUAACCAAGGAAUUGCUGGAGCAGAGGCUAGUGGAGGUAUUGCUCAUCAACAACGAGAAUUCCAGUCAAUUUACCUGCGGUGUACUUUGCCGUUGGUUUGAGGAAUGCCUGCGGUCAGAUACCAAUGGGGACCUGGAGACACCUGAUGGAGAUGUUUGUGGGAUGACCCAGACAGGGUGUAUUUGUCCUAAUCACAACAUCAUGGCACCACCAAUACCUCUACUGCCGGAGACACCACACAGUUUCAGCAAUGGCUCCCAUGUUCCAGAUGACUGCUGUGUAACUGAGCUUCACUCCAAUGAGGCAAUUGCUAUAGCACCCAGAGAUGUCCGACAAGACCCAUAUGAUGAUGACCUGAAAGUGAAGACCCAAAGGCCACGAUCAGCUGACCUGCCAGGUGUGUUUCAGGCACAAACAGGUGAUCCAGCGGCAGAGGAGUGGUCACCAUGGAGUGUGUGUUCCUUGACGUGUGGGCAGGGCUGGCAAGUGAGGACGCGAUCGUGUGUCUCCUCUCCUUAUGGCACGCUUUGCAGUGGUGCUCUGAGGGAAACACGCAUGUGCAACAACACUGUUUCCUGUCCAGGGGAACCUGGAAUCAUAAGUUCAGUGCAUGGGCAGUGGGAGGAGUGGUCUUCAUGGAGUCUGUGCUCUGUGACCUGUGGGCGGGGCUUCAGAACACGCAUCAGGAAAUGCAUGGAUGGAGGUGGGGUCAAACCUUGUGGACAGCCCGAGAUUGAUACCAAACCCUGCAACAUAGCCGUUUGUCCUGUGGAAGGCCAGUGGUUGGAGUGGGGCGCCUGGUCAAAAUGUAGUGUAACCUGCAACACUGGGACCCAACUGAGGCAGAGGCGCUGCAGUCCGUCAGUGCAUGGCUGGGCUGAGUGUAAGGGGCCCCAUCAGGAGAGCAAGGAAUGCACCAACCCUUCGUGCAGUGGUGGAGGUAACUGGGGCAGCUGGAAUCAUUGGAGUCUCUGUAGCAAGACGUGUGACUCAGGGUGGCAGCAACGCUACAGGAUGUGUGAGGGCAGCGGGGUGAAAGGCUCUCCCUGUGAAGGUUCAGGAGAGGAGGUUAGGUCCUGCAAUGAGAAGAAGUGCCCUGCUCCUCAUGAGAUAUGCAAAGAUGAGAACCUCCUUUCAAUGUCAUGGAAGAGAGCCUCAGCAGGAGAGACUGUCUACAACAAGUGUCCAACAAAUGUUAUCGGAUCUGCUAGUCGUCGAUGUAUGCUGGAUAAUAACGGAGUUGCUUUCUGGGGUCCUCCGAGCUUCGCCAGAUGCGUCUCACUUGAAUAUAGACAACUACAUUUAGCUUUACUAGAGCAUCUUGCGAAGGGUCAGAGGACCCUGGCCGGGGAGGGGAUGUCUCAGAUCGUACGGAGUCUCCUGGAACUUUUGCAGAGGAGGAGCUACUACAGUGGCGACCUUCUCUUCUCCACGGAGAUCCUGCGAAAUGUGACGGACACCUUCAAAAGAGCAACCUACAUCCCAGCUUCCGACGACGUGCAGAAAUUCUUCCAGAUUAUUAGUCAUAUGUUGGACUUGGAAAAUCUUGAAAAGUGGGAGGACGCACAUCAGGUCGCUCCUGGUGCUGCUCUGCUGAUGAGAAUAUUAGAAGAUUUUAUUCAUUUCAUUGGAGAAGCACAAAAGCCUUUUCAGAGUUUCCUAACAGUCACAAACAAUCUCAUGAUAACAAUACAAAGAGAGCCAGUAUCAGCAGUGUCAAGUGAUAUUAACUUUCCCAUGAAGGGACGACGAGGGAUGAAAGACUGGGCCAGGACAGCCGAGGAUAAACUCUAUAUCCCUAAAGAUGUCUUUACAAUGCCUGCUGAGGAGCCUGAAACAGAAUCAGAAACCACAAUGUACUAUGUCAUUGGAGCCAUUUUGUACAGGACUCUUGGCGUCAUCUUACCUGGACCAAGUCCUCCUGCAGUGAUUAACUCCAAGAUAAUGACAGUGACUGUGCGUCCUGAACCACAGCCAAGCGAGCCAAUGGUUGUGGUGGAGCUGUCACCGCUUUUAAAUGGUACAUCAGAUCCUCAGUGCGUUGUCUGGAACUAUGGCAACCCGGAAGCUGGCGCAGAAAACUGGGGCACAGAAGGCUGCCAAACGCUUGCAUCAAACACUGUCCACACCAAAUGCCUCUGCAGCAAGAUAUCCACCUACGCCGUGUUAGCGCAGCAAGCUAAAGAUCCGGACAUGGGUCCUGCCAGCAUGCCCUCUGUGCCCCUUAUGGUGGGCUGUGGGGUCUCCUGCACCGCUCUCCUCAUCCUGCUGCUAAUCUAUGCUGCCUUCUGGAGGUACAUCCGGUCAGAGAGAUCGAUCAUCUUGGUCAACUUUUGCUUCUCAAUCCUGGCCUCCAAUUUGUUGAUUCUGCUAGGACAAUCUCAAACACUCAACAAGGGGCUUUGUACUGUGACUGCUGCUUUCCUGCACUUCUUCUUCUUGGCAUCCUUUUGCUGGGUACUGACUGAGGCAUGGCAGUCCUACUUGGCCGUCAUCGGCAAAACAAGGUCGCGCAUUAUUCGCAAGCGUUUUCUGUGCCUCGGCUGGGGUCUUCCAGCCCUUGUUGUUGCCGUGUCAGUGGGUUUCACCAGAGCCAGAGGUUAUGGCACAGCCAGCUACUGCUGGUUGUCUUUGGAGGGUGGCCUGCUUUAUGCCUUCGUUGGUCCUGCUGCUGUUAUUGUUCUGGUAAACAUGCUGAUUGGGAUUGUGGUGUUCAACAAACUCAUGUCUCGUGAUGGCAUCUCAGACAAAUCUAAAAAGCAGCGAGCAGGUGUCCCAGCGGAGGCGCGUAGCCGACUGCUACUGAAGUGCUCCAAGUGUGGCGUGAUCUCGAGUACCGCUAUGUCCAGCUCGACGGCCAGAAGCGCUAUGGCGUCCCUGUGGAGCUCCUGUGUGGUUCUCCCUCUGUUAGCGCUGACCUGGAUGUCGGCCGUGCUGGCCAUAACUGAUCGACGCUCCACACUCUUCCAGGUCCUCUUUGCUGUGUUUGACUCUGUCCAAGGUUUUGUCAUCAUCACUGUUCAUUGUGCUAUGCGUAGAGAGGUGCAAGAUGCGGUGCGUUGUCGAAUGGGGGGAUGUAAAGACGACAGUGAAAACUCCCCUGACUCCUGCAAGAACGGACAGGUGCAGAUCAUGAGGGGCGUUUGUGGACAGCAGCAUGGCUCUCGUCAGAGCACCCCCCUCUGUUCGUCUGGCUGUCAUCCGCAGCUUCCAACACCAACGUGCCACCACACAAGCCAGCAAGCCUGUUACCUCGAUCUACCUAACAGCAGUCGCAACUGUGUGCUGGACCACGCCCACACACAUGAGCACACCCCAUUACUCAACAAUACCCACAACCACGCCCCUAAUCACAUCAACAGCCGAUCAACAGAUUUUGAGAAGGAUGUGGACUUGGCUUGUCAAACAGAUGUACCGCAGUUUGGUGUGUUGUGCUUUGAUGUAUUAACACAGUCACUUUCCCCCUCUACCCUUGCAGAGAGAGGACACCCAUUCAUUUUCAAAGAGGUCAACACCUGCAACCCAGCCACCAUCACUGGAACCCUGUCACGAAUCUCCCUGGAUGAUGAGGAUGAUCCAAAGCUUGCAGCACAUCAGGAGGGGGGCGUGGGGGUCAAUUUCAGUUCCCUUCCUGGAAACAUCCCACCUCCAAACCUCAUUGUACAGGUGCCAACAUUAGGAGGACUUAAUGAGCUCAGCGAGACACCCCUAAAGAAGGAGGUAAACGUUGACCAGCAGAGACAGCAGGGCCAGCCACGCAGUACUGCUCCAAUAUACUUGUGUACCGAGAGCGGAUUAGGGUGGGCUCGGCCUCCCGCUUCCUCCAACAAUUCCCAGGAUGGAAGUGCAGGAAGUGGGGGGAGUGGAGGGGGAGGAAGUGUGGGAGGUGGGGAAGGAGACUACAUGGUCUUGCCUCGUAGGACAGUCAGUCUCAAACCUCCAGCAUCCUCUUCGCAAGGAGGAGGCCUGGGACUUGGUGGGGAAGACAAACCUCUCAACAUUGGAGUUGAGGACCCUCCCUUUCCCCCUCCUCCCUCUCCACUUACCCUUCACCCAGCAGAGAGUGAAGCCUAUCCGGCGGACUUUGUACCGUCCAGUGUUGGUGAUAUGAAUAUCACCAUGAACCUAAACCGCUCCUACGGGACUAUCAAAACCGUGCCCCAUGGGCAUGGCCACUUGAUGGGUCAAGGUGGACAUGUGCACUCCCACGGAGGACACAUCCAUUCCCACGCGCAUUCACUCCACCUAAAGCCAGGCCAGAGGCCAUCAGUCAGACAGAUUCUGACAGGGGGAACAACUGUGGAGAGAACCCGCACCCUUCCACGCAACCUGGGCAGCACCAAUGCCAACACCAGCCUCUCAGCGGGAUCCCUGGAGAGGAAAAGAGUACGGUACUCUGAGCUGGACUUUGAGAAAGUGAUGCACACUCGCAAAAGACAUUCUGAGCUGUACCAUGAGCUCAACCACUCGUCCAAGUUCCACACCAUAGACAGGUAUAACAGGGACCCAGCCAUGUCCACAUUCAAGUUUGAUCGUAGCCACACAGUCAGCAGCACCAUGGGCAUCCAAGUCAACAAAGGACAAGUCCAACCCAGAGGACCAGAGCUCCUGGGAAACCUUCAAGACUAUGACCCCUGAGCUGUCUAUCGUGCCUGGGGAGCAGAAAGACCGUCUAGAAUUGCACAAUAAGACAUGGGACUCUUCCUCGGCGAACACACCGGACUCAUCUGAGGGAGACUUCCAGACGGAAGUGUGAAGACACGCAGACACUCAUGCUCUCUUUAAUCACAGACUUAAGCUCAUGUUGAGAUACAAACACACAUAGACGCAAGCCUCCCGGAAAAAAUAUAUAUGUAGGUUUGAUUUCCUGCAAAGGAUCUCAGACAUUCUGCUCCCUGCCUCAUGCAGUGUGCUUUGAUGGAUCCCAUACUGUAUUUGUUUACAGCUGCUGAGGACAUAUACGAAAGGAAGACCGUUCUUCGCUCUAUUUUCGCAAAGACUUUUGGGGGGAACAUAGAACAGGGGCCGGAAAGAUAUGUCACUAAAUGAACAUAAAGGAUAAAAAAAAACAUUAUUUCUGAGAUAAAAGGUCUCAAUUUUAUUCUUAAAAUAAAAAGAAAACGUCUUACAAGUGUUUGAUGAUGACCUGGGAAGGGUGGUCUGGGGCGGGAGAGAAAAAUAACAAUAUUUCUGCACUCUUAUUCUUUUUUUAUAUAGCAAGGGGAAGAUUUCACCUAGAACCCCAAGGCAAUCUACUUUCCUUUUUUUCUUGUUCUUUUAAAUGGAUGAUGAAAGUAUCCAGUCACUUAAUCUUUCCUAUGUGUUUGCUUUCUUUUUGUCAAGAGGGAAUAAGGUAUGAGAGGGAGAGACAGCGCUGCUCACAGAUUAUGUGCCAUUCUCUUACAUGUCUUCAUGUUCUGGUUUCUUCUUGACCCACUUUCUCCUUUGACACCCCAUUACCUAAUGUUAUUUUUUAUUUUUUUAGCAUUUUCUAUUGUUAUUGAAAGGAAGGAUCAUUCCCCUCUGCUCUGUCACUUGAAAAUGGCCAACAAAUGACAACCAAUUCACUUUUGUUCCAUAGAUUUAUUGUUCAAUGCCCUGUCUGUUUAUGAUCAGCUGAUUUAUUUCUACUGAUACAUGCUUGAGCUGUCUGCAAUUUCUUUUUUGUCGGUUUUUCAUGUAUGAAGAGAUUUAAAUUACAUAAAACUUUAAAUGCCUUGAUAUACCAGAGCACAUGAAAGUGAGAUGACAUUUUAACAGGAUAUGGCAGUCAUAAAGAUUGUAGCCUCUUUGUUGUUCUUUUUUUUUUAAGUUUAAGGGUUGCAUGAUUUGAGCUGUUGCGAGUGGCUCUCGGUUAAUCGCCCCUUUGCCAGUUUGUACCCCCCUUUCAUAGCUAUGAAUCAUCAAUUCAUUACUUUCUAUUUACAUGAAAUACAAAAAAGGAAAAAAAAAAAACAUUUCUUACCAAUGUAUUUUACCAUGGCAUAUGAUCAUUUUUGUUGAAGUAUUUUCGUGAAUUUUCAAAAUAAAUGUUCAUCAGAAAAAUGUAAACAUUUCAGUCAUAGCUCAAUCAAAUUAUAUACAAGUGUCUUGAAAGUUUCUAUUACACUUUAUUCUUGUCAAUUUCUUUUCCAAUUAUUUAUUUAGCAGUGCCCCAUUUUGGACAGUUGACCCAUGAUAUGACUUUGCUACGACUGACAUUUUAAUAUAUCUAAAGGGCCACAAGCAAAAAUAAAGUUCUAAGGGCCACACGUCACUGAAGUUAUUGAGUCCAUAAGAUGGAAUAUAAAUUGAAUAUAGAAAAAAACUUCAAAUGUGCAGUUAUCAAAGCAGAAACAAGAAAAAUGACUGUUGGGUAUAAAAGCUGGUGUGGUUGUUUUAACGCCUAGUUGUGAAAGGCAUAGGCUUAUACCUGAUAAAUAUCAAAGGUACUAAAUGGCAAAGGGGCAAAAUGACCAACACCUGUCAAGAGUCACUGUGGUUCCAUCAAAUAUUGCCAGUGAUUAAAUUUUAGCCAACAUGGGUCCAAUAUAGGUACAACUGUUCUUACAGAGCUAUGAAAAAGUAUUAGAUGUCCUGCAGAUUUCUUCUGCUUUGUUUUCUUGUCACACCAUUUUUUUCAGAUUAUCAAACACAUUUUAUUAUCAAAGAUAACACAAUGAAAUAUACAGCUUUCAAAUGCUUUUUGUUAAAGACACCCAUGAUAGAUGAAGUCCAAUAACUGUCCAAUAAUGCUAAGGCAACUUUGCUUGCUUUAUCAGCUGAGAGUAAUACAUUAUUUUGAGGCAAUUAAGAGAGAAAACAAGAGAAAAACAACAGUCUUAAACGUUUUAGCAUCCUCUUAGUUUCUAUCUCCUGGUUCGAAGUUUGCUUGGAUCAAUCUAUCUUGUCACUGUGAUACUAAAAACAAGGAUAAAAAGAGUUAAAAGAUAGGACUCAUGCUGACUGAAAACUCAUUAGCGUCAGAUAAAAAAUAAUUUUCUAUAUACAAAAUCUUUUUAAAUGCUUAAAAACCCUAUGAUUUUCUUUGGUAUACUAUCUCUACCUCCUUGAUAUCGCCUGCUCAGAACUCAGAAACAUGAAAUCUUAAUGCAACAAGCAGCAAGGCCAAAUGUAUAAUUACUUGUUUCUAUGGGUUCAACACUUUGUGUUUAUAUCUGUGGGCCUGUGAGCACAGCAGCUGCAAAAAGAGAGCACAAAAAAGACAGUUCAGAAUAAAGAGGAACUAAAUUGUACACUUGGAAUGAUUCUAAUGCCCAUACUGCGGUUAUUAGAAGAGAGCUGCUGGUUUCUUAUUAUUGCUGCAUUAGUUCAACCUAGAAAGUGUUGAGGGAGAUGAUAAUUCUUCUGAGGAAUGUCCAAAAAAAGGUGGCCAAGAUAGAUUUCCAAAUAAUGCUGGUUAAAAUCUCAAAACAGGCAUUGAUGAAGACAAAGGCAAGCGUUUAAAACAGUAAUUAUCCAGAGGAUGGUAAGUUGCCCUGAGAUCUUCUAGUGCUGCCCUCAAACCAUCUGCUUAAGGCUCCCUAAUGUGGUGGUAGAGCAGCGCAGCGCAGAUGGCAAGACAAGAGUGGCGCCCCUCUAACCUUUCAAGCAAAUCAGCUGUUAGGCAAGCCUACAGCUCCACCUCUCUCUGAGGAGGAAGACUGAUUUGAUCCCAAGUUGCCAAAGUAAGGUCACAUUCCGAUGAUCUCCUGAGAAGCAUUGGAUCUAGAUCCACCAAACAAAGCUUCCAUCUGGUAGCUUCAAGGCCAAACUCCGUAGCUAUUACUCCUCGGUAUCUACAUUUUUUUUUUGUAUCUCUUAAACAGAUCAAAUGAAAAGGGGGGGGGGGGGUAAAGUCUUGUUCCCAUGGUAAUGGGAUCUGCAGAUAAAGAGACGUGUUCAGGUUUGUUUUCGGCAUUGUAAGAGAAUUUCUUUCAAUCAGCCUUAUUUUUCAUCUUGUAUCUGGAUACUUUCACACUAAUUGAUGGUUGGUUUUAAUUUUUUAUGUCAAGAACAGUAAAGUUAUAUACUGCUUGACUGAUUAUAAAGUCUGUCAUGCAUUGUUCUACAUUUCUAUUAAAAUGUGCUGUAAUGUUAUCAUAACUCUAGGUGAAACCAUUUCAACCUUUAGAGACACUCCGUUUUCUCGAAAAGCUUUCAAUAAUCAGCUGUCUUUAGGGGACAUGACACACCAGAAGGCAAAUUUUCAACUGAAGUUAAAGUCGAUUCAAAAACCUUCACAGCUCACCUUUCAUCUUGUCCUACCUGCAAGCCUUUGAUUCAUCUAGAAACAUCCAACAUUCCAGCUGAUUUUCUUACUAACAACCCCUCACUCCAUUUUGUUCUUUUUAUACAUAAGAUUGUACAAAGUAGUCCUCUAAUGUUUUCAUAGUGUCUUUUUUAUAUUAAAAAUAAAUUUUCAAACUGA